UAUAUGGAACAGUAAAGGAAUUCAAGAAAAUUGUCAUCAACAAAGUAAGUUGUGGAAGUUUGAAAGUCAACUACACUAUGGUGCUGGAGCCAGUAGAUGUAGCUAAGAAUGGGAAUUUUACUAUUAAUUCCACAGCCAUAGCUAAUGAAAUCGCAGAAGCCCCAAAAAGUAAUGCGAUGGAUUUCAACCUGACAGUUGGCAAUAAAAAUUUUAAAAUUGAGAAGAGUACCUUACAGGAUUCUUUGCAGCAGGGCACAGAGCAAGCAAAAAUAGCUGACCAGAUUCAGGAAGAGACGAAGGGUGGCCUCUGUUCGAAAAUUAUAUGUGACCUUGGAUUUGUAUGUGACGAAAAUGAGAAAGACUUUGAGAAACUCUGUAAAUCCAAGUGUGAGAUGGAGCCAGGUUUUUGUCAAAAUGACGGCAUCUGUGAACACUUCAGUGGACAUGACGUGAAGUGCAAGUGUGUCGCCAAACCUCCGUACACUUUCCACGGAGACAGGUGCCAGGAGCAGUACCUGAGCGUUCUGUACAACGAGCAGACUCUGAUCAUCGUGUUGAGUGCGGUAGGCGGCGCUGUCGUCUUGGUGGUGCUCGUCAUCGUUAUCGCCUGUGUGGUACGGAGAAAGAGACGUAGUGCAAACUCCAAGUCUUCAAGAACAGCUAGAAGGUCAAUGUUUGAUGCCGGGAGCACGGACUACCCAGGAUUCCAAAACAACUACUCCUCUUUUACCAAUUACUUGGACGAUGAUUUCGAGUACUCGUACGGACAGGUCAACAAGAGUAAAGGGAAGUCGAAAAGAGCCAGCGAAAUGCUGGAGAUGGACGAGACCAGGGCCGUGAGCACGGACAGGCUGCACAGACCCAAGUCUAACAAUUAUGAAAAUCUGGAAGAGCCAGACUAUAGUCCGCCGUUACCAAUUAAAUCAUUCGACCCUUCUGAUUUGGAAGACAGCGAUGAGUCGGCAGCUUAUUAUGACUCAAGAUUCAAAGGUAGUACAGAGAACCUGCCACCGCCGUCGCUAGAAGACCCACCUGGGAGUUCUUUUGAGAAAACGUUCCUGAACUGGAAUCCCAACUACGAAAAUGUUGACACAUCGCAGAAGAUCACCAUUCAGCGCCCAAGUUAUGAUCCCGUGCCGCUCGAGACGCGUCUCACCACCUUCCAGGAUGGGAUUACCCACUUGUAGUAGAACGCAUGAGGUUAAUGCGUUUGCGGAGAUUUUAGCCGACCGACAGCCACAGAGGUUUGGAGAGGACACCGGUUAAACCAAAGAUUCAUGUUACCAAAGCCUCUCGAAUGGACAGGACAUGGAUUAUUUUGUGAUAUUCUUGUUCGGGUCGCGUAUACAAGAGUUGUAAGGCAAAAACCAGCACAUGUUUAAUUAGACCGAUAAUGAUGUGAUUAAAAUGACAUAUUCUUAUAUCGAUGGUCGUUGAACAAGAAGGCUUGGUGCAAAAGAGACAACAUGUAUAUAACGAUCAAAUUGAUUGAUUGGUAUUGGAUAGUUCGGACGCAGACUGAAGAAAUGUACAGAAAAAGGUGUAUAAUUGCAUUAUCUAUCAAAACAGUCUUAUGUAUAAUCGAAUGAUAUGGCUUAUCAGUAUAUGGAGUCUUUCCAUUAUCUUAUUUUAUGGAUAAACUACAUGGAUGUACAUUGGAUAUCUGUAAAAACGAACUACGAAACGAAACUCUGGAAUAUUCUAAAUAUUCUAAAUAGGAUAUAUCUCAAUUGUAAUUUUAGCGCUGGACGCUAGAGCUUAAAUAAAUUUUCUAUU